AUGAAGAAGCCACUAGCUGGUGUAUAUGAAUUAGAUGCCAUGAGUAUGUUCAAUGCCAAAUUUAAUGCUUUGACAAGAAAAAUGGAUAAGUUAAGCAUGAAGGUUGACUCAUCAAUUGGAGGAUCUAGUUAUACAAAAGAUGUUGGUGCGGGAAAUAUGCAUUUUAAUGAGGAAGCAAACAAGAAGAAUGAAAUUGAAAAAGAAGAAGAGGAAAAGUAUGUGCCUCCACCACUAUACAAGCCACCAUUUCCAUAUCCUCAGAGGUUUCAAAAAGCAAAGCUAGAUAAGCAGUUCGGGAAAUUUUUAGAAGUUUUGAAGAAAUUAUACAUCAACAUUCCAUUUACAGAUGCAAUUUCUCAAAUGCCCUCAUAUGCUAAAUUCCUGAAAGAAAUUUUAUCAAACAAGAGGAGAUUAGAAGAUUAUGAAACUGUGGCAUUAACAGAGGAGUGUAGUGCUCUCUUACAGAAUAAACUUCCACCAAAAUUGAAGGAUCCAGGAAGUUUCUCUAUACCUUGUCACAUUGGGGAUACUAGUAUUGAAAAGGCAUUGUGUGAUCAUGGAGCUAGUGUAAGUUUGAUGCCACUCUCCAUUUGUGAAAAGCUGAAGGUAGGAGAUUUGAAGCCCACCACCAUUUCUUUGCAACUAGCUGUGUGA